AUGCCGGACUUUUGUGCAGCCUAUGGAUGCUCCAAUAAACGGUGCCUGGAAACAAGGAAAAGGGGGAUCACCUUUCAUGUGUAAGAUAUAACAAUAUUAUGACUAGAAUUAGCAUAAUUACUAAUUGUUACUUAGUGAAAUGGUUCCCAAAAAGGAUUCAAGGUACUCUGUGGAUUCUUUUAAGGGGUCUAAAUUGACCCAUACAAGUCUGUAACUCUGAUGGUGUCUAAAUGGAACCAAACAAACAGGUCUAUUUGGUUCCAUUUGUACAGUGUCAGAGUUAAGGGGGGACCUUGAAAUUUAAAGGUUUGAGAAACUCUGAUGUAGUACAUGUAUGGACAACACGAAUUCAGCAUCACAGGAGCAGCAGGGCUAUGUGAGUUAAUAUUAUUGCAAGAGUGUUGUUGACCCAAGCUUUUUAGAAAUGUUGCUACCAUUUGUUUACUCAAACAUUGAUCAUUCCCUUUUUUAAUAACUACUUUGGUGUAGUUGCCUUAUUCUUAACUAUUUUGCAUUUAGCAUGAAUACAUACAUUCAUACAUAAAAUGAUCCCAAGUGAUAAUUUUGGAGGGUCUAUUUGUCCUCACCCUUUAUGUUAAAAGAAAGAUGUCUGCAAAUGUUGACUAUCAUUUAUAUUACUUUUAUUUUACUUUUAAGGUUUCCCAAAUCCGGAGAGAGGAGGAGGCAGUGGGAAACUGCCCUGAGAAGGAAAGAUUUUGUAGCUUCUUCGAGGACUAUGCUCUGCAGUGAGCAUUUCAUCAGUAAGGACUUUGACAGGACGGGGCAGACAGUCCGUCUUAGAGCUGAUGUCGUGCCAACAGUUUUCAACUUCCCAGCUCAUCUUCAAAAGGUAUGUGUCUCAUUGGCUAACAAGAAUCCCAGGUGUAUAAGAUUGAUAUAUCAAUUUUCAAAAUCUAUAAUUAAAUUUCACACUUGUAAUUUUCUUUCUGCAAAUUAAUUUAAAUAAUGUAUUGUGUAAUGUGGCACAUUUUAGACACUCUAAACUUCUUGAUGUUUUCAUAGUCGAUAUCCAAAAAAAAGUCUGCCACUUCUCGAAAAUCAAAAGACAACCCAGCAGUGGACUUGUCUCAGGAUGGACCUCAGCCUGAUGUGAGUAUUUGCAUGUUGAAUGUCACUGACAAAUGAGAGCAUCAUAUGGCUUGACAUAAAAUCCUUCAUCUCAGUGGUCUUAGGAAGGUCUAUGAUGGUGUUAAAAAAAGAGCCUAACAUUAGGCUAACAGCGUGCAUGAGCAAUCUAGUGUUUUUUUUUUUAUGCUACAUUAUGUCAUGUAGCACAUUUUAGAAACUCUAAACUUCUUGAUGUUUUUUUUAGUCGGUACAGACAAAAAAGGCCGCCACUUCUCGAAGAUCAAAAGAUAACCUGGCAUUGGACUUGUCUCAGGAUGGACCUCAGCCUGAUGUGAGUUUUUGCAUGUUGAAUGUCAGAAACAAAGAGAUGCGCAGAUUAUAUACAUAUAUAAUCAUCAUAGAGCAUCAUAUGAAUUGACAUAAAAUACUUCAUCUCGGGGGUCUUAGGAAGGUCUAAGAUGGUGCCUGACAUUGUUGAAAAGUUUGAGAACCACUUCUCUAAGCCAGUGUUUCCCAAUCAGGGAAAAAAAAAAUAUAUAUAUAUAUAUAUAUAUAUAUAUAUAUUCAGUUUAAUGUUUUUUUUAAUGAAAGUCCAUGGUUAAAAUUAUUCUUAAGUUUGCAGGAAUAUAACUUCAACUCUGAGGUUUGUAACAAACCAAACCAUUUGAAAAUCAGUUUAAAAUUAAGCAGACUAUGUUUAUUUCAAUGCUACGUGCAUCGUAGACUUAAGUGUUAUGAGUGGGCGAGCUGCCUGUGGCAAGACGGCUUCCAUACAAGGUCGUCAGUCUCCAUUGGCUAACAGUGUGCAUGAGCCAUCUAGUGUUUAUACAUAUAUAUCUAUGGUAGUGUUAUACAGCGUUUGGUAAAGGUGAGUAUUUGCUUGUAGAAAUGUUGAAAUUAUAUUUUAGGUCAAGAAAUAGAUUUUACUAGAAAAGCUUUGGUACAACAUUAUGUGUUGUUUAGUCUGUGCUUUUGCAAGCAAACUAAUAUAUGCUAUGGAUGUAGAGCAUAGACUGUAUACAGAGUGGACAGCUUCUGCCUUCUUGCUGGGUGAAGCCACCCAGAGAACAGCACACUCUGGUGAUGGGCUGCAGUACAGGUCAUAAAUCCCACCUCCUCCAGCCAUCCGUUGUGGAGUUGUGGGUAACUUUUAUGCAUUGAUUAAUAAAUUUAUUACGCAGAAUAUACAUUUUUCUCCCCCCCUGCUUGCGAUGUUGACAUGAAGUUAUUGUAAAACUGUUUUGUGCUCAAGUCUUUUUUUCUGUGCAGCUCCUUUUAAAAGUUAUUAGGGGGUUCAUGUUUUCUAUGAUUGACACUUGACACAUCCUAUGGACAUACGAAGAUUGCGUAGCUCACUGGGGCGAUAUGCUGUUUGAGCCAAGCAUCAUCACAGCGACUCUUGGCAACUUCCCCGCCGAUUGCGUACAAUGCUACUGGCGCAAGUGGUGGAGUGUGUACAACGCUACUGCACAAUGUUGGUUUCAGGAAGUGGAGAAAAAAAACGAAGUUACUGAGAGCUUUACGGCUUCAAAUCCGUAUACUGGUGGAAGGCGGAACCAUGUUGUCCAUAGUCUAUGGUGUAAAGCCCUUGCAGAUGACUUCAUAAUAUUGUUUUCAUUCCAGGUUUUAAAUUGUGAACAGGUGUUUUAUAUUCAGGUGUUAUAGCAUGUUGAACUGAGUUAAUGAGAAAGCUUUAUUUGUAUUUUUUCAGCAGGCCAAAAAACCCCGAACCAAAGCCACCUCCACACAACCUGCUGCCGUCGCCCCUAAACCUGUGGUGUUUGUGGAUAGCUGUGAUCAUAUACCUGCCUCUGGGUCUCGACCGCUAAAAGUAGACCACCCCUACACUCUUCCACCAUCAUCUGGCGGUCUAAAGAGGAAGAUGGUGGAGGCAGAGAGCAGGAUGGCAGAACUUGGGAAGAAGUUGUGCAGUGCCACUGACAGGGAAAGACGUUCUACAAAGUACCUGAAGUGUAUGAUUUCAGAGUUGAGACAGAAGAAUCUUGUGACAGAUGAAUUGGAGCAAAAGUUGGAGCUUUAUUCAGGUAUGGAGUAAUACAUUAUAAUAGAAGAAGCAGUUUGAAAUAUAACAACUACUCUGGUACAUAUUUAGGAGUUUUUUAUGUACUUUCAUCCAACAGAUUUAGAUUUGGAAUUUCCAGGGGAGGAGAGCACUGAACAGUACAGCACACGCCAAAGAGAGUUUGCUUUGACUCUUCACCUCCACGGACCUCAAGCCUACAAGUACCUUAGAGAUGAGAUGAAGCUUCCACUGCCACAUCCCCACACACACCAGAGGUAAUUAUUGAGCUAAUAAUGAUAUCAAUAUAUACAUUUUUAAUACGUCCAUUUUAAUCCAAAGUUAUAAUGAGCAUCUUACACCGAACAGAUGGCUGCAGUCUGUCGAUUGUGGACCAGGUUUCAACACCCACCUUCUACGUGUGCUUGAGGAGAAGGCCAAGAAGGACCCUGACAACUACAGCCGGGUGUGUCUCAUGUUUGAUACGAUGGCAAUAAGAAGGCAGAUGGUUUAUGACAACAGGACGCAAUCCAUGAGGGGAUUUGUGGACUUGGGGGAUGGCCCUGAUGAAGAAACUGUUGCAAGUGAGGCUCUAGUGUUUAUGGUUAAUGGUGUUACAAGACAUUGGAAGGCCCCCAUCGCGUAUUUUUUUACCAGGACCUUAACACCAAGUACACAGAAAGUGCUCAUCGAACACGCCCUAGUAUCUUUACAUGAGCAUGGGAUCCAGGUUGUUUCUUUGGUUAUGGAUGGCCAUGCUUCAAAUGUAAGCAUGUGCUCCUUGCUAGGUUGUCAACUGAAGAUGGACGGGCCCCUUGUGACCCACUUUCCCCAUCCAUCAACAAACAAACAUGUUUACAUCUUGAUGGAUCCAUGCCACCUGUUGAGGCUUGUUCAGAAUAUGAUGCAGGCAUACUCUGUUCUGAGCAGCCCAGAUGGUCUCAUCAGAUGGAAGUUCAUCGCCUUGCUUCAUGAUGUUCAACAGAAUGAGGGACUUCAUGCUGCCAACGAACCCAACCACAAAGAUGUUAAUUUUCAGUCUCAGAAAAUGAAGGUCUCACUUGCUGCCCAAACAUUAAGCAGGUCGGUGGCUACAGCUCUCCGUUUCAUGAAAGAAGCAGGAUAUGUAGACUUCACAGACUGCCUCUCAACUGUCAAGUUCAUCGAGGUAAAAUAAUUAGUCUCAGCAUGUUAAAUAGUAGCAUCGUACUUUGGUAUAUUUGGAUACAAUACCUAAAAUGAAAAGCUCCCUGAGAUUUUGUUUUCUGUUAUUUGCAUCAUUCAGAAUCACACAGAACUUGUGUUCACCUUUCAGAUGAUUGACCGGUUGAUUGACAUCCAGAACAGUCGCAACCCAGUGGGAAGAUCGACCAAGGCACCACUCUCUUUGGAGAACUGGGAGGACACCUUGACCUUCUUCAGGCAAGCCAAAGACUAUCUACAGGCCUUGGCCACACAGGAUGGGACAACAAUCUGUCAUACCAAAAGGUAAACACCUUAUUGGUAUAUGCUUUUUCCAGCUUUAGAUACUCCCAUUUGAUUUUUUGGAGAAACAUCAUAUCAUCAUACAUGUACUGCCAGGUAGAUUUGUACAAAGAACUGACUUGAUGGUCACUUGAUGGUUGGAGAUAAUUAAUAUUAUUGUGUACAAUUAUUGCUUCGCCCCCUGAAGGUCCUUGUGCUUUUCAAACAUUCAAAAGAAACUGUAUGUAGAGCAACAUUAAUUCAAAAUUGUCUGUACUUUGCUCUGAUACGUCUGUUGAUGUACAUUUGACACCAGACAAGACUAGUAUUUGAGCUAUGCUACUGCUACAUAAACCUUAGUAUGUCAGUUAGGAUAAGCCUUGGUUCAAACUAACAUCAGUCAUUCCACAAAACAUCGAUUAAUUGGGAUUCUACCUCAACAGAUACCUCUCUGUGAUGGGAUUCUUGAUCAACAUUCAGACUCUGACAGACAUGGUCCCUGAGCUUCUCCAGGUGCAGAAGUAUGUGCUGACCUAUCACUUCAGUCUGGACCAUUUACAGCUGUUGUUCAACUCCAUCAGGGCAUACGGUAUUAUGCACUUCAUCUCAAUCUCAAAAUAUGUAUUGCAAAUGAAAUUUCAGUAUUUUUUUUUUUUUUAUUAAAAUCAAAUUUAUGUUUUUUAUUUAUAGGUGGGUGGAACAAUAACCCAAAUGUGGUGCAGUUUGAGGCCACAUUCCGUCACUUGAUGGUUUGCUGCGGAGUCCAGCCAAGUGACAGAGGGAAUGUUGUUUCUCUCGACCAGACAGCGUGUCUCUCUUCCCUUGACACAGCUGUCACUCCUAUAGAAGACAAAGAAGACACACAGUGUCCCUUUGAAGAUGUGAGCAGUGUGAUCGCUGAUCAGAGUUAUAUCACUUCAGGUCUUGGUAAACUUAGCGAAAAUGUGAUUGCCUACAUUGCAGGCUGGGUUGUCAGAAAGGUGAUGGUCAAGUUGGACUGUGAUGUGUGUCGUAACAAAAUUGUAUCGACAGCUGCACCGACCACCUUUGAGCGCAGCUACCACCUGCUUCACCUCAGAAACAAAGGUGGACUCGUCAUCCCUUCAGAAGGGGUUUUUAAGGUUGUAAAAGCUGCAGAGCGCUGUUUGCAUCAGUCCACGGAUGUUCAGCUUGCUUCUCACCAGAUUAAUGCAGCCCAUCUUGUUCUUUUGGUGAAAGCACAUGUUGGGGCAGAAGACAUCUUUUGUCUCGGAAAUCAUAUGUUUGAAUCCCAGUACGGUAUUGAUAACCAUCAUUAUCGUCUUAUUUCCUUGUUGGUUUCUGUGUUCCACAAACUGAGACAGCACCAUAUUGCCAGGCUACAUACCCAACAGAUGCUAAUGGGCAACAUCAGAAAGAAAGCUGGCAAAGCAGUGUUGUUUAUAGGCCAGUAG